CGGGAAAUUCAGAAAAAUGGAGUGGUGGCUAUCCAGAAGGCUACCUGUAUGAGUUCAGAGAGUAAGAAGGCCAAAUCUCUCCCUUUUCGAGCGACCGGGUUAUGACAUAACUGAAAACCGAUGGAUAGAGAAUCAAGUGUCGUGAAUUGUUCUGCAAUUGAAAUGGUAGCAUCUGCCCGGUUUGCUGUCUUUAUUUUCGCUGGUUUGACAGUACUACUAUGUAUUUGCCUGUUGCUUCUCUUCUUUGGUGGAAUCCUUUUGUUGCAAUUUGUGGUAAGAAGAACCCAGCGCAACAAGGUAUCUAGCUCAACGCAACUUGUGGCUACAGAAUUGUCCACCGCGACGGAUUAUACGUCUGUACCUUGUCAUGAACGCCAGAUUGAAUUGCUCGGUGUUCAUCAACCUUUUGAGGAACCCAAGACGUGUAAGCUUUUUCAAAUUAUCCAUUUUGACAACCACGCCAAAGUCCAUAUAUUCUGA